CUCUCUCUCUCUCUCUCUCCCCCCCAGUGUCUCCAUCUCGUACUCCACUGCUCUCUUCAUCAACAGAGGGAUAGCAGCUGAGGAAACUUGAUAGCACUCCAUCCCCUUCUCUUCUCCUCUUCCCUUUUUCUUAAUCUCCCUCUCUUCUUCUCUCUAUCCCUCUCUCAUUCUCUAGCAGCGAUGUAGUUCUCUUUCAAACUUUAACAGCUGUUUGGCAGUGAAGUCUUGACUGAGAUCCAUCACGCCUGGACCUCCAUGGAUUCGCUCCCUGCUUCUUUUUGAGAUCUUUCCAGAGUCGCCUCUCUAUUCAUUUCUGUCUUCUGUUUACAUUGUCGUGUCGGUGGGUUUGGACCAUGGCCAUGAAGGAAACCAUACUCCCUAUUAGUGAGGUGUCGAGUCCGUACCCGGAGAUUGUGGAACUCAAUGUCGGCGGCCAAGUGUACGUCACCAAGCGCUCCACCCUGGUCAGCGUACCUGACACCACCCUCCACUACAUGUUCACGCGGUGCAGCCCGCACGAGUUGCCCCGCGACAACCGAGGGCGCUUCUUCAUUGACCGCGAUGGGUUCUUGUUCCGAUACGUGCUGGACUUCCUACGGGACCGCCAGCUUGUGCUACCAGAACACUUUCCGGAGCGGGAACGUCUUCAGCGUGAAGCCGAGCACUUCCAGUUGGGGGAAAUGCUUAGACUUUUGGGCCCACGUGUAGCCAAGCAAGGCUCGCUCAAUGACGAAGGCUGCCAGAGCGACAUUGAGGAAAGUUCGCAGAGCAGUGAGUUGGUGACUCGAACUGGAAGCUGUGCCACCAACUAUGCGACUUCCUCUUCCGUCCUGGACAAGAAGUCUGGGUUUAUUACGAUAGGUUAUCGGGGAUCCUACACAAUGGUGAGGGAUAACCAAGCUGAUGCUAAGUUUCGCCGUGUGGCACGGAUCAUGGUCUGCGGGCGUAUCGCCCUGGCGAAGGAAGUGUUCGGUGACACUUUAAAUGAAAGUCGAGAUCCGGACCGUCCGCCAGAGAAGUACACCUCCCGCUUCUACCUGAAGUUCACCUACCUGGAGCAAGCAUUCGACAGGUUGAGUGAGGCUGGGUUCCAGAUGGUGGCCUGCAACUCAACUGGAACAGCUGCGUUCGUUAACCAGUACAGAGACGACAAGAUCUGGAGCAGCUACACGGAGUACAUCUUCUUUAGACCAGCCUGCAAGUCAGCAUCCCCUAAACUGGAGCGUGAGGAGCCCAAGUCCGAGAAACUGCUGGAUAAGGCCAGUGAGAGCGGAGCCUCAUUGAACGAGCUCUCCACAUCCAGCUCCGAGACCCACUCAGAAGCCACAUCCCCCCAGGACGGGGGUCCCAUCCUAGUGUCACGUGGUGAGGUUGUGGGGGGCUCGCUGGCUCCAUGUGGUGCCCUGCACUCUGUAUCUCGACCUCCGAGCACUUUCACUCUGGGCCGACCGCCCAAAAAAGGUUCCUCUGUGCAGUGGAUGGAGCUGCCGGAUAAGAGGAGGAACAGCGAGUUGUUCCAGUCCCUCACCAGCGGGGUUGGUCCGAGGGAAGGUGUGGGAAGCGGUCUGACCCGGAGGAAGACUCUGGAGAGGCCCAGCGUGGAGGAGGAAAUGAAACAGUGCAUCCGAGAAUUCCGAAAGAUCAAGAUCCCUCCGGCGUUCCCAGAACGCAAAAGGCAGUGGCAGUCAGAACUGCUUCAGAAAUACGGGCUUUAAAGAAAACUCAGAAUAGGCGGUUUAAACUAUCCAACUGAUUCACAAUCUCACACAAUAGAUUGCCCAACAGACUUUAAAGUCCUCAGAGGUCUUGAUUCACACUGAGAAACCAAACAAUUGAGUAUCAGAAAAGAGAAAGAAGGAACUUGAGUCAUUAAAACAUGUUCCACUUUGCUCCAUUUUUAUUCAAAAUUGACAGCACCAUUCAUAUCUUUGAACUAGACUUUAAAACCUACCAAAAAGUGGUGAUGGAGCACAUUUCGAUGAAAAGCCAUUCCAUCUAGACUUAUCUAAAUAAACCUUUCCAUUGUUCAGAAGGUCUGCAAACAGGGCUCAUAGUAUAUACUAUUGUACUGACAGACAGACAGUGUUUACUGACAGACAGCAUUGGCUUCUUUGUAGACAUAUUGGGAAGUAAAUUCUUGUUGUGUCCAAAAGAGAGAUGUCACUGUGCGUUAACUAGUUGUUCAGUUUGGUUCUAUACAAAUGAUGUUAAUGUAAAUGUUGUUGUCUCUACCUACCUUUGUUUCAAUGAUUAAUUUAGGUUUGUUUUUUCGUAUACAUGUAUUAGGGCUACCAAAAUAUUUCAAAUGCCAGUCAAAUUGCUAUAUGCUGAUUAUUUCAUCAAAUUGCAAUUAAUCACAUAUACGGUGCAUUCAGAAAGUAUUUAGACCCCCUACAAUUUUUCAAUUAUGCUAUGUUGCAGACUGAUACUACAAAAGUAAAAAAAAAUAUAUAUAUAUUCACAUUGAUCUACACUCCGUACCUCAUAAUGACAAAGGUGAUGAGCAGUGCCUGGUUUCCUUCAAACAUGAUGCUUGGAAUUGAGCUAUAUCAGAGCAGAGUCUGAGGGUCCUUCGGGUGCUUUUUUGCAAACUCCAGGCUGGCUUUUAUGUGUUUUGCACUGAGGAGAGGGCUACAGUGAUGGUUGUCCUUCUGGAACUUUUUCCCAUCUCCACACAAGAUCUCUGGAGCUCAGUCAGAGUGACCAUUGGGUUAUUUAUUGGUCACCUUUCUUACUAAGGCCCUUCCCCAUAAAUUUCAGUUUGGCUGGGCGACCAGCUCUUGGAAGAGUCCUGGUUGUGCCAAACCUCUUCCAUCUGAGAAUUAUGCAAGCCACUGUGGGAACCUUCAGUGCAGCAGAAUGUUUUCAGAUUCUUCCCCAGAUCUACACUGUAAAAAAUUACUGUAAUUUUAAUGGUAAAAAACUGUGAAAAAUGCUAUAGUACAAACCUGUUCAAUGGUUAUGUAAAAUUUAAUCGGGAAUUUUUUCUUAUUUGUUAUGUUUAUUAGGGUUUUAUGUUACUUAUAAUGUUGCUAAAUUUCAUUUUAAUGAGUCUCACCAUGAUGGUGUUUAGUGCUUGUGUGAAUGACUCUGUGCACCUUCUAUGUGUAUUAUUAUUUAAAAGCAGCUUGUGAUGGACUUUGGUUCAUCACGUGACUUUCUCAUUACCAACUGCUUUUGGUAGUUUUCAGUGUAUUACAAAGUUACAAAACAGAGUUCAGUACUUCAAUAGUUAGGUAUAUUAACAUUAUAUCAGUUAAUGAAAUUACGGUAUUUAACUGUAAAUUUAACGUAAAACCUAAAACGUUGUUAACAUAUUUUCUAUGAUAGAAUUCUGGGAACCACAUGUGGCUCCUGUUUUUUUUCUGUACAUUUUACAGAUCUUUUUUUUUUUUUUUUUUUUUUUUUUUUUACAGUGUAUGCCUCAACACAAUCCUGGCUCUGAGCUCUGCAGGCAGUUCCUUUGACCUCAUGGCUUGGUUAUUUUCACUCUAAUAGCAUUGUCAACUGUGAGGCCUAUUAUAGAGAGUUUUAUAGAGUCUAAUCAAUUUAAGUUAAUGCAAGUGGACUGCAAUCAAGGUGUAGAAACAUCUCAGCAAUGAUCAAGAGAAAUGGAAAGCACUUGAGCUAUACUUUAAGUGUUGUUGCAAAGGGUCUUAUACUUGUGUAAAUGUGAUUCAGUUUUUUAUUAUUAAUAAAUUAACAGACAUUUCUAAAAUUAUUUUUUUCACUUUGUCUAAGGAGUGUAGAAUAAUGAGAAAUAUUUUUUUAUUAUUUAAACAGUUGUAGUAUCAGGCUGCAACAUAAAAAAAUGGAAAAAAGUGAAGGGGGUCUGAAUACUUUCUGAAUGUACUGUAUAUCAGCAUUUGUUAAAGAAAGCCCCCAUUUUUCAGUCAAGUCUGUCAAUCAGUAUGUAUUCAAUCAGUCUGUCCUAACAGACCUUUCUUAAUUUUUAGUUUAUGUACACAAGUUCCAGAUGGGUGUCUUUGGAUGUUGAAUUAUUUCUUAUGUCAUGUAUGUUUUUUUUACAGCAUGUGUCACAUUCAAAACAGUUUUAUGUGUCUUAAGACACUUUCUUGAACGUCUUGAACUAAAAAAAAAAGUCCUUUUUAAAGAGCGACUCUUUAGUCGUUCUGUGCUGCUUGCUCUUGGUUAAGUCUGGUGAUUAAAUGUGUUAAUUUUUUAAAGAAUGAAUUACACUAUAUGGAUGUUAAAUUGACAGCCCUACUAUAUAUACCUCUAUACAAUAGAAAUAUAUUAAAAAAUAUAUAUAACUGUAUAUUUGCUGAGAAUCAUCAAACUAGGAUUGGAAGGUAUGAUGAAUGAGUUAACAUAUGAUCUUAAAUCUUAACUGGAAUAUGAGGUUGUUGGAAUUUUAUAUUAGCUAGGUUUAAUGAGCACAGAAAUAUAAUAUAAUGGAUAAAUUAUCUUCUCAUUCCAUCCCUUUAAUUGACCCAAUUUUUGCAUUUAUUGAUGGACUACUAUGAACAUCUGCACAGUGGUUCUUCUCUGUGUGAGGUUUCUCUGACUGAUGCCUAGAAAUUGUCCAUUGUCUGGGACGGUUUUGCUAUGAGUUCUGUGCCAUACAUUUUCUAAAUGUGUGUGUGUUUGUGUGUGUGCUUCUGUCCAUAUUUGUGCACACACUUUUCUUUAUGUACUUUUCUAUAGUGUCAUUUCUGAAGGAAAUUUCUGAUUUUGAAUCACAAAAAAAACAAAAAAAACAAGGAUUGCUACAAAUUGCUAUUCAUAAAAAACAUAUUGUUGGUCCAGAGCUGAUAAUGGAGAAGACCAGGAGUUGACCUCCAAUGAUGCAUGCCCAUGUUGGUUCCUUUACAGUUUUUCUCAGUGCAAAACCUUAAUGUGAAAUCAUCUUUAAGAAUUGAUCGUCUUUACACAGAUUUAUCUAUGUUUGAGCCUAGCGAGAUUUAUUUUUAAAUGAAAAUAGCCAUGGCGUCAAGCCAGUAGCCUAAUCCACGUGCUGAAAACGGUUCCAAGAGAUUGUUUAUGGCAGAGCGUCAUUCCAGACUCGGGGAAUGAUCUUUCCAUCUGCCGUAGGCUGCGUAUCAAAUGUCAGUGAGCAUUCGCAGUGCAUUUCCAUCUCCAUAAAGACUUGUAUUUGAGAUAUAUUAGAUGAUUGCCAUCUAAUUGAUGUGUGCGGUGUUCUGUGCACAUUUAAAGCACAAAAUUCAGUUAAUGCCGGUUUGAGACAUGAUAUGGUCUCAAUCCAGGACACAGGUUUGAAAAGCACAAGGCGCAGUUGACUCUUAUUCUAGAAAUAUAAUGUUUAAUUGGUUUAAAUCAGGACUUAGUGUUAGUCUACUGUGAAACCUGAAUGCUCCCAAAUUUGUGAAGAUGUUGUUAUAUCUGUUGAUUUGCCUCAGUGUCCUGUAAUAAAGGUGUCAUGUUAUGAUGGGUAA